UUUUCAUAGUUCAAUCAGUUAGUGGCAAUAUUUUCCGGUAGUUGGUUGUUCAGCUCACACUCUCUCUCUCACUUUGUCCCUGUUCUGUUUUAUCCGUCCGCGUAUACCGUUCCAUUGACCAGAAUAUUUUAAGAUUGGAUUUUUUUUUAGUUUUAAUUUGUCUUGUUUGAUUACAUGUUUAUUUGAAUAUAAGAAGCACCCAUCUUCAGCUAACUUUUAGUUUUUUGUGUCUAAUUUCCUUGUGGAUUUUUUCGGAAAAAUCUGAAAUAGCAACAAAAUCUGAAAUGAAAACAUCAACAAGUUGGCUGUUUACGUUGUUGGCCUUCGCGGGAAUCUACUGCUCCUCCUACUCAGAUGCUCAGGUGUCAACAAACUCAUUCCAGCUUAGUUAUCCUGAUGAUAAUUCCCAUCUCAAUGAGGUACUAUCUCAAGUUUUAGUUCCGAGAGUAGUGGGCAGUCCUGGCCAUACUGCAGUUCGGGAAUAUAUUACAAAAGAAAUGCAAUCCUUAGGAUUUAAUACUGAAAUCGAUAAGUUCAAUGCAAAUGUUCCAAUAUUUGGAAAUUUAACAUUUUAUAAUAUAAUAGCAACAUACAAUUCGGAUGCAGAUGCAUUUCUUACUCUGGCCUGCCACUAUGAUAGUAAAUAUUUUAGUGAUAUACCAAAUUUUGUUGGCGCCAUAGAUUCAGCUGUUCCAUGUGCAAUAAUGAUGAAUGUUGUAAAAACAAUUUCUCCCUAUUUAAGUAAAAAUGUAAAAGGACGAAAAGAUGUUGGAUUGAUGUUAGUAUUUUUCGAUGGUGAAGAAGCAUUUCAAGAUUGGAACGAACAAGAUUCCAUCUAUGGCUCGAGACAUUUAGCGAGAAAACUGAGUGAAUCAACUUCGAUGUUGCGGAGCAAUCAGCAAAUUCGUAAUAUUGAUAAAAUUGAAGUUCUUGUGCUCUUGGAUCUGGUUGGUGCUGCAAAUUCAAAAUUCUUCAAUUUCUAUCCAAACACAGCAAAUCUUCACAGUUCAUUGAGUGCAAUCGAACAAUCGUUGAAUAAACAAAAACAAUUAGAAGGUCAUAAUUUGAUGUUUAUGAGAAAAUAUGCAUCUGGUUAUGUUGAUGAUGAUCAUCGUCCAUUUUUACAACAAAAUGUUCCAAUUCUUCAUUUAAUCUCAACGCCAUUCCCAAAACAAUGGCAUACUGCAGAUGAUAAUGCUGAGAAUCUUCAUUGGCCAUCUAUUCGUAAUUUUAAUAAAAUUCUACGAGUUUUUGUUUACGAAUACCUCAACAGGCACACAGAGAAUGUAAAUUACAGAGGAGUUUAA